CAGGGACAGCCUGGGAAUCGGGAGGGCAUCUUCUGCAGGCGAAGGGCGAGCCUUCUCUGUAUUUUUUUGGGGGAGGGGGGCGUGAUUUGUGCGGGGAGGGAGACAGGGCUGGCCUGGAGGGCCCCCCCCCCCCCCAGCGCCUUUAAUAGCCCGAGAACGGACCCACUUGUGGCCUUCCAUGCGACCCGUAGGCAUCAAUGGCUGUAGCUGCGUCUUUUCUUCCCUAGGAGUUACGGACCCACCUCCUCUGUCCCUAUCCUGUAGUCCCUCUGCAUGGCGCCUGCCCCUGUAUGCUAAUAGGCCGCCCCAGACAUCCUGUCCUUCACGUUGCCCUUUCUGCAGUAAUGGUGCCAUGCGCCCCGCCCCCUCUCGCAGUGAUGGACCAGGUUACGUGGUCCUGUUCUGCCGUAACUUCAACAUUCGAUGACUAUCCUCCAAGUCUUCUUCCUGCCGCGUUGGCUCUCUGUGACUUUGUGGGCCGUGCUGUCCACCCACAGUAAUAAGCGUAACUCAUGACUGUACUUUCCUCGUACCCCUCAAAUUAAUGGCUCCAUUUGUGCCACCUGCAAUAAGGGGUCAAGCCCCGAUCCUGUACCCAUUCCCCAUGUCCCCUCCCUACCAGGAUAGCCCUAGUUUCAUCCCCAUGUCCGUGCUCCAAGACAUAAUCUCACCCCCAUAUCCACAUUCUGUGUCUUCCCCCGUGUCUUCAUGCCCCUCUUCCUCCCUUUGGAGUCAUGGAACGGCUAGUCACCCACAGCUCCCCCUACACUUUGCCUCCUUGUUGUGAUGGAGCCAUCCGUAGCCCUCUCUCUCUUCCCACCUUCGCGACAACCAGCUGGCCGGCCUGUGACCUCGUGUCUGGAGUGAUGGACCCAUCCGUGACCCUGUGGCAGUUCCUGCUGCAGCUGCUGAAGGAGCAGAGUAAUGGGCACCUAAUAGCAUGGACAUCUAGUGACGGGGAAUUCAAGCUGGUAGACGCAGAGGAAGUGGCACGGCUCUGGGGGCUGCGAAAGAAUAAGACCAACAUGAACUACGACAAGCUGAGCAGGGCGCUUCGAUACUACUACGACAAGAACAUCAUCCGUAAGGUGAGUGGGCAGAAGUUCGUCUACAAAUUCGUGUCCUUCCCGGAGGGGCCGGGCCACGAAGGGGAGGAGGGCCAGGUCCGGGCUGAGAUAUCCGCAGAGCCCCUGCGGCCGCUGAAGGCCUCCCUAGGGAGCAUUGGGCCCUCCGCCCCCGCCCCUGCGCGCAGCAGCCGGAACGAGUACAUGCGUUCUGGGCUCUACUCCACCUUCACCAUCCAGUCCCUGCAGCAGCUAAGCCCCGUGCGGCCUGCCCGGCCAGCCCCGGAGCCACUUAGCCCAGCCAGCCUUGAGGCCCCAGAGGCCCGAAUGCCGUUGCAGCUCAUCCUAAUGGCCCCUGCCGAAGGCGUUGCGGAGGCCGGGGAGCCCGAGGCUCCGGCCGAGGCCGCAUCUCCGCUUCUUCCGUCCGAGACGGAGGGGGAGCGGCCUCCGGAGGAGGGGGCUGCCGUCGAGUCGCCGGGCCCCGCCCCCGCGCCGGCCCCCUCGAAGGGGCGCAAACCCCGGGAUUUGGAGUUGCCGCUGGGGCCGAGCCCCGAGCCGGCCGCGGUUUCCGGCCUCGGCCCGGCACUCACGCCUUCCCUGCUCACCUCCCACGCCCUGACCCCGGUGCUCCUGACGCCCAGUGCGCUGCCCCCCAGCAUCCACUUCUGGAGCACUCUGAGCCCCAUCGCGCCCCGCAGCCCUGCCCGCCUCUCCUUCCAGUUUCCGGCCAGCAGCAGCAGCAGCAGCAGCAGCUCCCAGGCACAUGUGUCUGUCCCCACACUCAGCAUGGACGGCCUCUCCACCCCCGUGGUCCUCUCCCCAGGUCCCCAGAAGCCAUGACUCUUUCUUUCCCAGGGACUUAAAAGACUGCUUUAUUUCAAAGGAGGAUUGUGGGUCCCUGGAUGGGCCGGAGCGGGAUAGGGGGGAAGGGAAGGGGAUAAACAUUUAUUAAGCACCUACUAUGCUCCAGGCACUGUGCUAAGCCCUUUUGCAAA